CGGGAGCCGUAGUUCUCUUGGACGCCUACCGGUAUUGCCAGCGCGGCAGUGGCGGCUCUCGGUUCCGUCCAGCGGGUUCUGUAAGGCGAGCAGAGGCGGAGAAAGGGCGCGGAACUGGAGGAGGGUGAGUCAGACACUGUCUACGCUAUAAAGGGAGGCGGCACUGCGGCACAGGGCUGAAUUAGGUAAAUGGACCCGUGCUGCAGUCUCUCCGGAGACACCGCGAUCUAGCGCCAGCGAGAAGAGGGCGAGGAGGAGCCAGAGCCCGGUCCUUGCACCCAUUCUCGCCCUCGUACCCCGCCGCCAUCGCCACCAUGCAGUCCCGGGAAGAAGCUCCGCGCUCUCGCCGCCUGGCCAGUCCUCGCGGCGGCAAGCGGCCCAAGAGAAUCCACAAGCCCACGGUUUCGGCUUUUUUCACGGGCCCGGAGGAGCUGAAGGACACGGCUCAUUCUGCAGCCCUCCUGGCACAGCUGAAGUCCUUCUACGACGCGCGGCUGUUAUGCGAUGUGACCAUCGAGGUGGUGACGCCUGGCAGCGGGCCUGGCACCGGCCGCCUCUUCCCCUGCAACCGUAACGUGCUGGCUGCCGCGUGUCCCUACUUCAAGAGCAUGUUCACCGGCGGCAUGUACGAGAGCCACCAGGCAAACGUGACCAUGCAUGAUGUGGAUGCCGAGUCCUUCGAGGUGCUGGUCGACUACUGCUACACGGGUCGAGUGUCCUUGAGUGAAGCCAACGUGGAACGCCUUUACGCGGCCUCUGACAUGUUGCAGCUCGAGUAUGUGCGGGAAGCCUGUGCCUCCUUCCUAGCCCGCCGCCUUGACCUGGCCAACUGCACUGCCAUCUUCAAGUUUGCUGAUGCCUUCGGCCAUCGCAAGCUGCGAUCGCAGGCCCAGUCCUUUAUAGCCCACAAUUUCAAGCAGCUCAGCCAGAUGGGCUCGAUUCGGGAAGAGACUCUGGCAGAUCUGACCCUCGCCCAGUUGCUGUCAAUCCUGCGCCUGGAUAGUCUCAACAUAGAGCUGGAGCAGACCGUGUGUCAUGUGGCGGUGCAGUGGUUGGAGGCGGCUCCCAAGGAGCGAGGUCCGAGCGCUGCGGAGGUCUUCAAGUGUGUCCGCUGGACGCACUUCACAGAUGAAAAUAAGGAUUACCUGGAAGGGCUGCUGACCAACACCAUUGUGAAGAAGUACUGUCUGGACCUUAUUGAAGGGGCCCUGCAGAUGCGCUAUGGUGACAAGUUGUGCAAGUCUCUGGUGCCGAAGCCAGAGACCAGCAGUGGCAGCAGCGGCAGCAGCAGCAGCAGCAGCGUGGGCGGCAGCGGCAGCGGGGGCGGCAGCAGCGGCAGCGGCAGCGGCAGCGGCAGUGGCAGUGGCAGCGGCAGCGGGGGCGGCGGCGGUGGCUGCAGCAGCAGCAGCAGCAGCAGCGGUGGUGGUAGCUCUAGCUCCUCUGUCGUGCCCACAGCAGAAAAUCCCCCCCAGAGGCUGGGCGUGUGUGCUAAGAAGAUGGUGAUCUUCUUUGGACAUCCUAGAGAUCCCUUUCUGUGCUGUGACCCAUACACCGGCGAUAUUUACAAAGUGCCGUCACCUCUGACCUGCCUUGCUCACACUAGGACUGUCACCACCUUAGCUGUCUGUGUCUCUCCAGACCAUGACAUCUACCUGGCCGCUCAGCCCAGGAAGGACCUCUGGGUGUACAAGCCAGCCCAGAAUAGCUGGCAGCAGCUUGCUGACCGCCUGCUGUGCCGGGAGGGCAUGGAUGUGGCCUACCUCAAUGGCUACAUCUACAUCUUGGGUGGGCGAGACCCCAUUACCGGUGUUAAGCUGAAGGAAGUGGAAUGCUACAGUGUCCAGAGAAACCAGUGGGCACUGGUGGCUCCACUACCCCAUUCCUUCAUAUCCUUCGAUCUAAUGGUAAUCCAGAACUAUCUCUAUGCCCUCAACAGUAAGCGCAUGUUCUGCUAUGAUCCUAGCCACAAUAUGUGGCUCAAGUGUGUUUCUCUCAAGCGCAAUGACUUUCAGGAAGCGUGUGUCUUCAAUGAUGAGAUCUACUGCAUCUGUGACAUCCCAGUCAUGAAGGUCUACAAUCCGGUCAGAGGAGAAUGGAGGCAGAUUAAUAAUAUUCCCUUGGUGUCGGAGACCAACAACUACCGCAUUAUCAAUCACGGCCAAAAACUGUUGCUGAUCACCUCGCGCACCCCGCAGUGGAAGAAGAACCGGGUGACCGUGUAUGAAUAUGACACUAGGGGGGACCAGUGGAUUAACAUAGGUACCACCUUAGGCCUCUUCCAGUUUGAUUCUAACUUCUUUUGCCUCUCAGCUCGUGUUUAUCCUUCCUGCCUUGAACCUGGUCACAGUUUCCUCACUGAGGAAGAAGAUGUGCCAAGUGAAUCUAGCACUGAAUGGGAUUUAGGUGGAUUCAGUGAGCUGGACUCUGAGUCAGGAAGUUCAAGUUCUUUAUCUGAUGAUGAUUUGUGGGUUCAGGUAGCACCUCAGUGAAAUGCACAGGAUCAGCAGAAUUUGUUGUAGAUAGGUUGAAACACUAAGGUGUUUUCACUGCUUUGGAAAGUGUCUUAAAGAGAUACCCUUUCUCUUUGCUGGGGAAAAAAACAACAACAACAACAGGUUGAUUCAUUUCAGGUUUGGCUUAGAAAGGGUAUUGUUUGAAAUACUAACAUAAUUUAAUGUUAGGGAACUUGUACACUCAAAGAAAUCAACCUAUUUAAUAAUUUACUGUUCUAAAAGUCCAGUAUUGAUUUGAUUGUUGGGUUUGUUUAUGUUUGAUUAUACUAAUUUAGUGUUCUGUUAUUAAAUCUUAUCUUCUGUUUUGUGCCACAAGUACUGUGACUUGAAUUUUGAUUUUCACAAUAGAAAGCUGAUUGGAUAGGAAUUACCAGGUAGGGUUUGGAAA